AUGUCAACUCACAAAGCUCUCGUGAUUCACGCCCGGGACAAGCCACUCGUCCUUGAGACUGUCCCACGCCCUGUCGCAUCCACUGGUGACGCAAUUGUUCGCAUCCUCGCUGCCGAUAUCGUUCCCUACAUGGGAGAUGUGAUUAGCAACAAACGCCCUUACCCGCUCUCUCUGCCUAUGACGCCGGGGAACACCGCUAUUGGCCGCAUACACGAAGUCGGACCUGAUGCCGUGGACCUCACCCCAGGCCAACUCGUCUUCUGCGACAUCACCAUUCGCGCCCGCGAUAACCCAACCGUCUCGAUUCUUUACGGUAUACACGGAGGUGGGUAUCCCGCAGCACAAAAACUCAUGGACGGCGUCUGGCGUAACGCGACGUACGCCGAAUACGCGCGGUUCCCGUUGGAGAAUUUAUACCGUCUGAACGAGGCGUCUCUCCUGGGGACACUGGGAUACAACAUCAACGACCUGUGUCUCUUGCCUGUGUGCCUUGUUCCAUUUGGUGGUCUUUCAGAGGUCAGCUUGAAGCCCGGCGAGGUGGUGAUCGUGGCCCCUGCAACGGGGCGGUACGGAGGCGCCGCCGUGAGCAUUGCACUGGCAAUGGGCGGGACGGUGAUUGCUGCCGGGCGAAAUGUGGCGGCGUUAAAGAGACUUGAGGGAAUCCAUGCCACAAGGCGACUCAGGACUAUCCAGAUCACCGGCGAUGCGGCCGCUGAUACAGAGUUGUUCCGUGCAGCAGUUGGGAAGGCGGAUGGGGCAGAUGUAUACCUCGACCUGUCCCCACCAGCAGCUCAGGGAUCGUCGCUGCUGGCAUCGGGCAUUCGAGCAUUACGUGCCUUUGGUCGAUGUGUAGUUAUGGGAGGCAAUUCGGGGAAUAUCGACUUCCCUUACCUUGAGAUCAUGUUCAAGAGUAUUCGGGUUCAGGGGCGGUUUAUGUACGAUCGCCAGCAUGUGCUGCAAAUGAUCCAGAUGGUCGAAUCGGGAUUGCUUCCUCUCGGCAACAAGUCUGGUGUCACUCAGACGGAGGUAUAUAGGCUUGAGCAGAUCCAAGAGGCAUUGGAAGCGGCUGGUAAGCUGAGCGGUUGGGGUGGGCAUGUGGUGCUCAGGCCAUAGUCCAUGCAAAUCUGUUUUCGGUCAUUGGCUUCAUAAUGUACACAACUUUUAGAU